GAAAGGCUGUAGGCUACAAACACUAUAGUUAGAUAGUUAUGUGCUCUUAAACGGGGUAAUAACCAUGCACGGCUUCCAGCCCCGUUUGUGUUGGAAAAGACUGACGAAAAUCUGAUUGUUUAAGCCUCUGGGUAAAUACCGCCAAAGACUAAUGCCGGAUUUUAUCCAACACCGCUGGAUGAUGCCGUGCGCUCCUUGACACUGAUUCCCAUCCUCGAACGCGGGAGAGAAAAUGUGGAAAGAGGAAUAUGACUGUCAUUUCGACUUGCUUCUCGAACUUCUUGAUACCAACGUCACUGACGUGCUGUCGGACUCGGACUCGGAGCUGAGCGGUCUGGAGCAGCUGGAGAGAGGCAGCACGGACACCCUGGCCAACAGUUGCCGUGCCGAAUGUAACGCCGCCAAACGCCUUGCCAAGCGCCUGUUCUACCUGGAGGGCUUCAAACGCUGCGAUGUGGCACGCCACCUGGGAAAGAAUAAUGAGUUCAGCCAGCUGGUGGCGUCAGAGUACCUCAGCUUCUUUGACUUCUCUGGUCUGUCAUUGGACAAGGCCCUGAGGAACUUCCUGAAAGCCUUUCCUCUGAUGGGAGAGACCCAGGAGAGAGAGAGGAUCCUGGUCCACUUCUCUAAGAGGUUCUGUGUCUGCAACCCCACAGCCCUCGCCCCCGAAGGAAAGGACAUAUCCGAACGGAAUGAUAAUGAUGAAGAAGAUGAUGACGGAGCCCAUACGUUAACCUGCGCCCUAAUGCUGCUCAACACCGAUCUACAUGGACACAACAUUGGGAAGAAGAUGUCUUGCCAGCAGUUCAUCAGUAAUCUGGAUAGCCUAAAUGACGGCAAAGACUUCCCUAAAGACCUAUUAAAGGUGUUGUAUAAUUCAAUAAAGAACGAGAAGCUUGAAUGGGCAAUUGAGGAAGAGGAGUUCAGGAAGAGUCUAUCAGAGCUGGUGGAGGAGCAGUGUGAGGGAGGGGGGAAGAGGGGGGUUGCCAGGGUAACGGAUGGCAAUAACCCUUUCAUCGCCAUCCCCAUCCUACUCAACGCUGUCACCUAUAAACAUGGUGUCCUGACCCGCAAAAGCCACGCAGACAUGGACGGCAAACGCACCCCACGAGGACGGCGAGGCUGGAAGAAGUUCUAUGCGGUUCUAAAGGGGAUGAUCCUUUAUCUCCAGAAGGAUGAGUACAAGGCUGAUGCAGAGCUGUGUGAGGGGGACCUGAAGAACGCUGUGCGUAUCCACCAUGCGUUAGCCACCCGCGCUACAGACUACAGCAAGAGACCCAACGUCCUCAAACUAAAGACCUCUGACUGGAGAGUGUUCCUACUGCAGGCACCGAGUGAGGAGGAGAUGAUGUCAUGGAUAUUUCGUAUUAACCUGGUAGCAGCUCUGUUCUCUGCCCCGGCCUUUCCUGCUGCCAUCGGCUCCAUGAAGACGUUCUGUAGACCUCUACUGCCCUCCUCUUCUACCCGGCUAAACCAGGAGGAGCAGCUGCAGUUUCACGAGGGGAAGCUGAAGCAGAUGAGUAUGGAGGUGGAGGAACACAGGAAGAGUCCGCCCUCGCCUUCUCCCAAGAGCAGAGAGUGGGAGGAGUACCGAAUCAAAGAGCACUACCUCAUAUAUGAGAAGAGUCGGUACGAGACGUAUAUCAACCUGCUCCAGGCCAAGAUGAGGGCAGAGACAGACGACCUGGAGAAGAUAGAGGCUAGCGUGAUGAGCGGGAUCUGCGAGGGCCGAGGGGGGCGCGAGGGCUACCUCCGGAAGACCCAGUCCUCUCCUUCCAUCAGCCAGCACAGUCUCAACGGCAGGGCCUCUGGACGCACUGCCCCGGGCCAGCGGAGUUGAGAGGAGACCCCCCUUAAAAACACCAUCAUGCACCCCCCUGUAACUGUCCUCUGAGCCAAAGGGCUCACCCCCCUAAAUGCCUAAGCACUGGAUUCAUAUCCAACCAACUCCCCAAAUCAUCCCUCCUUCCUAUUUCAUUGCACAGUAAAGCGGUAAUAAUUGUUCCAGCUAUGCAGUAUUACUGGUGUUAUUUAACCAACAGCUAAUUGUCUCUGGCAGUGCUUAUAAGAACACGUAUAACAGAGAACACGACGAUGUGGGAAAAAUGAUGAAAGAGGAGAGAGGACUUACCUGCAUAAAGGAAGUGACAUCAUAAGGAAGGGUGGAGUGUUUUGGUUUGAGGAGGUGGAUGGUGGAUUUCAGGGUGGAGGGUCACAGUAGCAUCAAGUAGUCUCUCUCACCUGAGCCUUCAACAGGUUUCUCUGGACCAUAUAGAGCAUGGAAACUCAGUGUAUCUGAACAGGCCUAUUGAGCAGGCCUAUGUAACACACCUACUGUAUGAGAGCCUUAUGAUGAUGAACACUUACUCAGACUCUCAGAACUGUUAUGAUGAUCAACUCCUUGCUGUGUAGACUAUUUAUUAUUAAUAUGUAUUUAUUUAUUGUAGAUUUCUUAUUCCACUUGAACCUGAGCUUCAUAUAUGAUAUCAGACUGAAUGAAAGCACUGUGCCAUGUUGUAUAACCCUUGGUUCUAUGUUACUGUCUGGACACCUGUAUUGCUGUUACGCUGAGUGGAAGCUGGGAUGGAGGAAUUUGACUGAGUAUGAGGAGUAACGGUUUAAGGAAAAAAGUGAGAUGUGUUGUUGAAUUGAACAUUUUGAUUACGUUGUGUGUGUGUGUGUGUGUGUGUGUGUGUGUGUGUGUGUGUGUGUGUGUGUGUGUGUGUGUGUGUGUGUGUGUGUGUGUGUGUGUGUGUGUGAGCCAGCGUAGUUGUGGGUUUGAGGUUGAGCGAUGGCCAGUGGACGUGGGGUUCAGGGUUAAAGGAAGCAGGUCUAACGUUAAAGGAUCUGUGUUCUGUGUUGUUAUUCUUUGAUGCAGAAGAAGAGAAGACGUCUCUCCCUGAGUUGGAGCAAGCUCAUCUUCCUGUCAUAUCAUCAUCAGAGUGCAGAUACAACAAUAAAAGACUGAAAGACAAAGCAGCAGGACUGCACAGGCUGAGCAGCAGAGGAAGUAGCAGAAGUGGUGAGCAGCAGAGGAAGUAGCAGAAGUGGUGAGCACCAGAGGAAGUAGAGGAAGUGGUGAGCAGAAGAGGAAGUAGAGAAAGUGGUGAGCAGAAGAGGAAGUAGAGAAAGUGGUGAGCAGCAGAGGAAGUAGAGGAAGUGGUGAGCACCAGAGGAAGUAGAGGAAGUGGUGAGCAGCAGAGGAAGUAGAGAAAGUGGUGAGCAGCAGAGGAAGUAGAGGAAGUGCUGAGCAGCAGAGGAAGUAGAGAAAGUGGUGAGCAGCAGAGGAAGUAGAGAAAGUGGUGAGCACCAGAGGAAGUAGAGAAAGUGGUGAGCAACAGAGGAAGUAGAGGAAGUGCUGAGCAGCAGAGGAAGUAGAGAAAGUGGUGAGCAGCAGAGGAAGUAGAGGAAGUGCUGAGCAGCAGAGGAAGUAGAGGUAGUGCUGAGCAGCAGAGGAGGUAGAGGAAGUGGUGAACAGAACACAGCGUUACACGUGGUGUAGAAUCAUAUUCCUAUCGGAGACCAGAGAGAGGAGACUAACCCAGCUCUCUCGGAACCAUGGAAAGAUGGAGGAAGAAAGGAAGGCAGUGUUUCUGCUGGACUACAUUAUUCUUCAUUGAACUUUGAAACUCAUCUCUUUCUCCCUUCCCCCUCUCCUGACUGGACUUCAGAUGGGAUUGUGUCCCUAAUUCCUAUUAUCUCUUUCUCGACACUAAAGCGGUACGGAAUAUUUGCACAGUCAGACCAGACACAGGGGCUAUAUACAUAGAUCCUGUGUUUUUCUAUUCCAUAGUGAUGAGACUGGAUCAUUGAUCCUUAGUUAUGUUUACUGAAGUGGAAUUCAGAAUCAGAACUCCCAUUUUAUACCUUAUUAGUUAUGUCUUUCUUACUCUGAGGACCGACCUUGUCACUUUGGCUGUUGUGCUAACUAACCAUUGUUUCCCCUAUGUUUUAGGGUAGAGCAGUGCUGUUGUAAUAUAGAAAUGUGAGAAGGUUUUUUACUGUGCUGGUCCUGUCUAAAAUAUUAGUAUGUAUUAUUUUUUUUAACUAAGGAAGCUAGGGCACUUUGUUGUAAAGAAAUGUUAUAUAGUUGUUCUGUUUGUUUUGGGCAGUUUAAAGUGAAAUACACCUUUACUAGUUAUUAUU